AUGGUUUUGUGGUGAGUUCGUUUUCUUUUUUUUUUUAGAAUUCAUGCUUUGACUGACUUCGAAAGAAAAGCAAGCACUUUGCUCUGUUUUUAUCAAUUUGAACAUAUUUUUGAGAGAAAAGACAGCUUUUUUUGAAUUUGUCAUUAUAGACCUAAUAGGUUCAAUCUGUAGAGAGUUCAACUUUUCGAUUAGGUUCUUGUGAUUCUGAUUUUCAAGUCGAAUAAUAAUUUUUCGUAACUGCUUCUGAGACAAUAUUCAGGCUGGCAAUUGCUCUGCCGGUAGUCAUAGCGCUUCAAAGAUGCUCCGAAGACGACUUCGAGUUCACCUACACGAACUGUGAUGAAAAUGGGGAAAGAUGGCGUGUCGCAGUUCCUCGGCAUGCCGCCAGCUGCGAAAAUCUUCCGCCUCCCCAGAAAGGCCUCAACUGCUGUAUGACAACAUCUUUGGCGGGGUCAACUUUUUUUUUCAUUUCAGCAUUUUCGUGUCAGGCUGGUCACUAUCUCGACUUAGAGACUCAAGGAUGUCGACCGUGCAAUCCAGGUUUCAGGGAAUCGUUAUUAGCUGAGAAUUUAGAAGUAAUUGCAGGAUCAUUCAGCUUGGGAGGCGGCGUGCGUUUCGAAGAUUUCGUCACGUUGCCUGCCGGUUUUUCUAUUGAAAAUUUCGAUGCGAACGCGGAUCUCUACUUCAGUAGUGGAGGCAGAGAAAAAGAAAAUGUCUGCGAGAAAGAGUCAGUUCAAUAUACAAAUGAAAAAAACGUUCAUGGCGUGGUCAAAGGUUUCACGAACUGAAGAUUCAGAAUUGAGAGCUACCUGAACAAAUUUAAAUUUUUUUUUUUUGCUCUUUUGCUCGGUUUCGCUAUAAACGCAUUUGAAUUGUAGAUCAAAGUGAACUCGUUGGGGUUGACACUGAUCUGUGAAUAAAUUAUUAUUAUUAACGCAAAAUCCAUUCAAAAACAUCAGUUCACUGAAGAAGACGCAGAAAAAAGUCUUGCUCGGACCUCGGUAACGGAAACUGGACGCGCCCCGAACGUUUCUGAGCAUUUCUAGUAACCACAAGAGUACUGAAGUCGCUGAAAGUAUCACUAGAAUAAUGCCGCGUCCGAUGUAACUUUGCGAAACUCAAAGCGAUCGGAAAUCUCGAAAAUGUAUAGUGUUUCUUCAGAACAGGAUGGCUCGUGCGGGACGGAGAGCUCAUGUACGUUCCUUCGUCGUGCGUCUCGCGUCUUUCUUUCUCUGCCAACCUCGUUCGUCCUGGAUAUGUAGAGUUCACCUACAGGUCAAUUCAAAGCUUUUGAUUAGUUGAUGUUUGGAAUGUUCAGAAUGCCGCGGAACAACAGAGCUCUCUCGUUGCAAGUAGACGUCCGAAACGAGCAAUGCCAGAGCUAUAGGUUGAAUUACAUUCCCUUCUCAUUUUGUAAGAAAAAAAAGUCCAGUGAUGCUGCAAGAUCCAUGUUGGCUCGCUACUCGAAAAACAAAGGAAAAGAAGAAGAGGAGAGGAACGGAGACUGGCGGAGAAGACGUGUCGACAUGCGCACAGGUGUGGCUUCUCUGGACUGUUACCUUUAGCGUUGAUCCCCAGGUACCAACGUUAUUUCCUGGACUAUCUCAAACAGUCUCGGCUUCCAAUCAUCUCAGGAACCAGUUCAUUUUGCAAGAGUUGAUGUGAAUGGUGAGACCGAAGCAGAAGACGUCGAUGCGAGUCUUUUCCAGGUCUGGCGUUCACCCGGGAGUGUACGGCCUGUCCUCCAGGAACAUCUUCGACAGCGGCGGCCGCUGAGUGUUCUCCCUGCCAGGCCGGCUUCUUCGCUCCGAAGGGCUCCAGCAAGUGUGGAGUCUGUCCACAGUCCCAGUACUCAGGUAUUCUUUUCCAAUUCAUAAUGUAUUCUGGUGUGAAACGGGCAGGACCAAAAGCGGAGCGCUGUAUUAAUCGGCCUCCGUGUCGUCAGUCGGAUUAUUACCCUGUCCGAGAGCCUUGCACCAACGGAUCCAGCCGGGUUACCUACAAAAAAGUGCUACCUGCAGUUUGCCGGGACGACCUUCCUGAGGCCGCAUCGGUUAGACAUUCGAUAAUUAUUGAAGUCAGAGAAAUAGAUUUCAGUUACCGGCGCCUGGGCCUUGGACACCUUGUCCGAAAUGCAAUCCUGGAAUGGCGAAGAACAGCCAGGGACUCUGUGACUUCUGCCCUCUUCACCACUUUUCCGAUGGGAACGGUACAUUUCCCCACGAUUUCACCACUUUUCAUUAGUUUCCAGAGUGCAAACGAUGUCCUGUGGACACAGUUCCCAACUACGGCCUGCAGUACAUUUUAUGGGACGUGAUGCCGCCGAAACUUACGUCUCGUUGUGAAUACAUUUCCGAUGGUCCGGCAAAACUAAUCCAUCUAAAAGCCUUGGGUUUGCAGAUGUUUCCAUGAGUUGUGAUAUUGGAAACGCUUGGAUUCCCUCUGGCUCGGCGCUCAUUUCAGCACCGUCUCUACAGAGAGGGAUCGCAUUCGAACUGGUUUUGUCUAUUGAUGAAGGUGGAAACAAUAAUCUUCCUUCAUUCGUUCGACAAGUUGUUCUUCUUUCAGGUUUUUUCAAUCCACUCGCUCCGAAGUCCAUGUCAGCCGUUCCUGUGGCGCAGGUCACCAUCGUUUUCGAGACGUCUUGCAGCGAUCCUUCCUGCGUCAUUUACUUCAUCGAAGUACUUAGAUAAAGAAAGUGUUUACUAUUUUCCCCAGGAUACGACUGUGGGAAAUGCGAAGGAGUCAUUCUUUCACUUCCUUGCCGCUUUCAACGGCACGCAGUCGAAACGAGUUUGGUCGCACACGGUCACUCAGAACACUCCCGCAAAGUUCAUGGUUUCCUGGCUCUCCGCGUCGAGGCAAAAACUUUUCCUCAGGUUGCGUUUCUGCGUUCUCAAGUCUCCUCUGGAGAAGAUUCCAUAACGGAUGAGGCUCGUAUCUACGCUAUCAACGUCACGAACGUCGGUCAUCGGUGAGUUUGUUGGAGUGACAAGCCUCUAUAUUUGAAAUGAUUCAUUAGGGUUUGAAAAAAUUUAGGAAUGUUUCAGGAAAGCGCAAGGCGGCGGGGCGAGCGAGUGUCUGGCUUGUCCUCACACACAAGGCGGAGAGACCUGCGUCCCGUGCCCUCCUGGCAACUACAUGCAUCCAAAAGUGACCUCCUCAGUGCUCUGGACGAGUCGAACUCAUUUUCAGACCCAACUAUGCAUCCCCUGUCCACCUAACACAGCCAUCAACGCUUCCUCCAGUCGUAUCGGCGAGGAAAGUUGCGUCAAAUGCGGCGUUGGACUUUUUUCAAAGGUAAUGUCUUGAAAAAAUACGUAUCUCAGACUUUUUAUCAGAAAAAAGCUUCCUAACAAACUAUUUCAGCAGUUCUGUAGGCAGCGUAGCAACCUUGUCCUGAAAAAGCAUUGCGAUUGGAACAAAAAACAGAGAUGAUUUGCCUAGAAGAUAUUCCAUUUUAAAGCUUUGAGAAGGCAUAACGAUCAUUUUAUUGGAAUUCAUUUAGUCAUCAGAUUUUCUACAAUCUUCAAAGAAGAAGAAAGUUGAAAAGAAAUAGACAAAAAACCAUAAAAUAGAAAAAAAGUCAAUAAUUAGGACGGAGUCGAGUGCAAAACCGAUGGAAAGUUUUCUAUCGAAGGAAAUGGAAACACUACGUUUCAUUAUGACUUUUCGCCCUGGAUUGAGAGGUAUCGUCGGAAAAGGUCUUCUUGUUAUGUUUUCGAUUGCUAGAAACUGGACACUAGCGGGGGUGCGCGUCUUUUCUCGAGAAGGCUCCGCCUACUACCAUCAGUUCAAAGUUUCUCUUUUCGCGCCAACUGUCAAGUGUGAAGAAGAGUUCGACGGGGCAGAUAUCGUCGGAUUCCUGGACACGGCAAGUCUUUCGUGUGGUUUCGAAAAGGAUGAGAUGUUUCAGUCGAGAGAAAAGGUUAUUGGAACGGCUUGUCGUCUGACAGCCCUUCCUGGGGCCACCCGGAAUCAUUCAAAGAUCGCCCUGGUCUCUCCUUUGCUGUAAGUCCCUUCAAGGCUGAACAAGCGUUCAACGCUUCUUCAUUCAGACUCGCUAAAAGUCUCAGAGCCGUGACUCAAUCAACCGACUACCAGGGCUGGCAUCUCUCAAAAGAGCUUCUCGAAUACGGUUAGUUGUUUCCUUGUUUGAAAUAAUCUCGUCUUCGGUUUCAGAAAGUCUGGACAAAGCCUCUCUGCCCAUGGACAUAUUUUUGUGGUAUGAGCCGAUAGCUUCGACCGGCGUCACAUGUCCCAACGGAAUCGUCUUUGUCGCAGUCGCACGCUGCCAACCGGCCAAAAAACAGCCGGAGGUUCGAUUUUUAUCUAUCAAGAGGGACCAAGUCCCGUUCAGAUGCGUCUGCCGAAAGGAUGUCCUGAUGGAACUUGUGACGGUUGUACCUACGCUGUGAUCAUCGAAACGGCUCAGGUUAGUUUCGAGUUUUGAACACUUUUGGACGUUUAUUUAGUGAUAAUCUCACGAUUCAACUUAUUCAUAAGAAUCUCGAAGAGAAAUGACUUGUGUUUUCAAGUUUCGACGUGCCUCAAACGACACGUUUUUCCAAAAUGUUCACAUAAUAUUGAAUCCAUAUGGUUUUUAUGGAAUCAAAUAAAAAUAUCAGCGUUGUUCUAAAUUUGCGAGUGAACGCAAUAGCUUCAAAAUGUGGAAAAAGAAUCUGAAACUUCUCUAAAUUGAAAACUUAACUUAACAAUUUUACUCAUUAAAUAUCACUGAAAGUUUUGAAGGUACAUUGAGCACGCCUUAUUAACGCCUUGAUGAAUGAAUGAAUAAAUGGAAAUGAUGUUUAUAAUUCGCUCGCAGACAGAACUCUGUGGCGUAGAGAUAGAAAACCAAGAAAGUAAUAUUUGCUUUCACUCCAAUGAAGUCCCACUUUAAUUUAUAAAUGUUUCUGGGAAAAUCAAAUAGAAUUAGAAAAUGUAAUAUAUGAACGAGUUGAAUCAUUAUGUGAUGUUUGUAGCUACCGUAUCAAAAAAAUUACAGUUUUUUCGAAGCAAUUUCCGCGAAAACCAAAACGAACACUGACUUUCUAACGUUUAGUUGUCUUUUUAACACGCAUUCUCCCAGAAAAUCGAACAAAUGUGAAAAAUGUGAAAAAUUUUGGUACAAAAAUUUCAUCUUUGUUCCUGAGAGCUCUCCUUGCUAUCAUAGAUAGUGAACAACCUCUUGAAUGUUUAGAACCAGGUUUUAUUAGGCUCCGCCCACUUUCAGGCUUACUGUAGAAAAAUCACCGUAAAAACCAAACUUUUUUCCUAGUGGAGCAAAUUGGUCCAAAUCAAUUUUAAAAACAAAAAUAUGUUCUCUUUUGACCAUUUAUAGUUAUAGAACUGACCCGGAAAAAUUUUUCUUUCAGAAGAAAAAAAUUCAAGUUUUUUGAAAAAUGACGAUUUUCGCAGUCUUUGAGUUAUAACUAGUACUAGAACCCCCGAAGGCCUGGAUUUUUAUUUUUUCAAUCGACGCGUUAGGGUCUUGUGAGUAGAGAAAAAAAUGUCUAGAAACUCUGAAUCCGGGUGAUCCAGUUGACCUUCAUCUCGAAGAACGCGGCCAACUUGAAAAUGACUAAAUUUUUUUAAAAAAAUCAUUUACUUUCUUGGGAGUAGGAUUUUCUCUCACUUUUUUCUGCUAAUCAGACACAAUCUACUCAACACAAAAAUUGGAACAAAAAAAGUUAUGACUCUCAAGCAUGACGAAAUUUUUUUUUUCCAAUUUUUCACUUUUUCGGAUUUAUUUAUUUUUCCUGUUCCUUUCAAGUACUGAGCUCUACUGGGUUAGGAUACCAGGAAUGCUCAGAGUUUUUUCGUCGUACUGAUCCAUCACAUCUUCCCAAGUUCUUUAAAAAUAUUCCCAAGCUCUGUUUCCGGGUGAUCCCAUCAUUUAUUCAAUACGAAUAAUAAUACAGUUCAAGGGCCGAAAAGACCUCUAACAGAACCAAUUUUCAAAAAGGGAAAUUUAAACAUUGAAAACAGCAACAAACCGUUUAAAAAUUAGAAGAUAUUUUAAGAAAGUCAGCGAGAAGGUGGGGGUUGUUUUCUAAAUAGAUUUUGAAUUGCAUAGAAUCAUUACAUAGAUCAAAUACAACAUCGGGAAGGGAGUUCCAAACAUUUAUUAUUCUGAUACUAAAAAACGAAGCAACGAUGUUACUAUUAUGUCUUAUGUUUGAACGUAAAUAAUAGCGAUGGCGGCGCAGCACACGGACACGGGGGAAAAAGAAGAGACUAUCGAAAUCAAUGGGGACUUCUCUAAGUACAAUUUUAUAAACAAAAGACAUGUCAAAGAUGAGGCGUCUUGUCUCAAGAGUUUUGAGACUAUUUUCAGAUAAACAAGUGAAAUAAGAGUGGUAGGCAAGCCACAACGAUGGUAAGCUCGGAAAAGGAAACUUUUCUGAACACCUUCAAUCAAACAAAUAUUGUGAGAGUCAAUUGGAGCAUAGACUACAGAACAAUAAUCAAUAAUAGGACGAAUAUACACUUCAAAGCAUUUUAAAUACAACGAAAGCUCAGUAUUAAAAUAUUUCAGUACAAUAAGAUAUCUGCGUCUAAACUUCAAUCUCAUAAGAAGUUAGUUAUUUUUUUUACAAGGAAGUUGGUUUCACUUUUCGGUUGAGAAAUUCCCGAAAGUCAGCCAGGUCACUCCUCAAUGUACCAGAUGGAGAUAUUGCAAGAAAAUUAACCUGAACAACUUUUUAGUUUUCGAGAAAAAAUUCUGAACGCUGAAUAAAACAAUCCUAGUCUUCAAAAAUAAGCCAUUUUUCGAUCCUGAGUACUCAUUUCUAGAAAACUAGAAAAUUGGUCAGGUUAAGAAUUUCAGAAUAUUUUUCUGGUACAUCGAUUAGUAUUCUGGCAAAUUUUCUAAGGAUUUUUUUAACCACAAAGUAAAAAUGACUUUCCUUGUGAACAAAUUUACUCGAGUAAAAAAACGCGUUUUUUUGAAUUUUUUUCCUAUUAUAAAAACUUAGAAACUUCACUGAAAAACUCACCAUAUAAUGAGAACUACUGGUUAGGAAGCAAAAAAAAAAACGGUUUGGAAAAAUUUUUUAAUUUCGCUUGACUUCGAGGCCGACCGCUUCGGUUGCUUGGAGGUCAACUGGAUCACCCGGAAACAGAGCUUGGGAAUAUUUUUAAAGAACUUGGGAAGAUGUGAUGGAUCAGUACGACGAAAAAACUCUGAGCAUUCCUGGUAUCCUAACCCAGUAGAGCUCAGUACUUGAAAGGAACAGGAAAAAUAAAUAAAUCCGAAAAAGUGAAAAAUUGGAAAAAAAAAAUUUCGUCAUGCUUGAGAGUCAUAACUUUUUGUUCCAAUUUUGUGUUGAGUAGAUUGUGUCUGAUUAGCAGAAAAAAGUGAGAGAAAAUCCUACUCCCAAGAAAGUAAAUGAUUUUUAAAAAUUUAGUCAUUUUCAAGUUGGCCGCGUUCUUCGAGAUGAAGGUCAACUGGAUCACCCGGAUUCAGAGUUUCUAGACAUUUUUCUCUACUCACAAGACCCUAACGCGUCGAUUGAAAAAAUAAAAAUCCAGGCCUUCGGGGGUUCUAGUGCUAGUUAUGACUCAAAGACUGCGAAAAUCGUCAUUUUUCAAAAAACUUGAAUUUUUUUCUUCUGAAAGAAAAAUUUUUCCGGGUCAGUUCUAUAACUAUAAAUGGUCAAAAGAGAACAUAUUUUGUUUUAAAAUUGAUUUGGACCAAUUUGCUCCACUAGGAAAAAAGUUUGGUUUUUACGGAGAUUUUUCUACAGUAAGCCUGAAAGUGGGCGGAGCCUAAUAAAACCUGGUUCUAAACAUUCAAGAGGUUGAUCACUAUCUAUGAAAGCAAGGAGAGCUCUCAGGAACAAAGAUGAAAUUUUUGUACCAACAGUUAAUCAAAAAUUUCAGAGAACGUGUGUUAAAUAACUCUGACGGUUAUUUUGAAUUUUUCGAAAUCACUUCUCUAACGAAAAUGAGGGUUUACCCCGCAGUGAACCCCGAAAAAAGUGAACUUUUGGUUGAUGUUUGCGCUGCACCCCGCGUUGGAACUGAAUGGGGUGAACGCCUGGGGCAACCGGUCGGAAAUAAAAAGUUUUUUUUUGAGCUAUCGUAACUACCUAGGAUGAAACGGUACAAAAUUGUGAUAUUGGAAAACAAACCACAUCGGGAAACUUGACAGGCUUGCCCUGUGUGCGGCGCGUCUGAUUACCAGACAAUCAAAGGCGAGUGUGUCGGCGGCAAGCAAACGAUCCACUCGAUUCCCCAGAAGUAACUUUUCAGUCGUACUCGCAGUUGCUGUAUCUUCCAAUACGUUCCAGACACUGCGUGAUAUCUGGGAAAGCGGCCGAGUCGCACGACGAACCGUGCUCCGUCCUGACUUCUCAGCAGAAGUUCCUCCUGGCGACCCUGGCCGUCUCGCUCUUUUCAGCAAUCGCUACUCUUUUCCUCAUGUGCAGACGCAACCGAAGGUUUGUCUCAAAACGCAGCAAUCUUUUCAUUUCAUCAGCAAAAGUCGACUGAAUCCUUUUUCAGACUAGAAUACAAGUACACUCGACUGAUAGAAUCGCGAACAGGCGAACUUCCAGUGGCGGAAUCGUGUGGACUCGACGAGGACGAAGAAGAUGAGGUCAGAGGCCUAGGCUUAAAAACUUUACUUCUUCAAACUCCGCCCUUUUUUCAACAUGCUUUCUCAUCUCGAACACUCUUUUUGAGUCACAUUCCCCUUUUUGGGGCGACUCAUUUGCAAGUCAUUCAAUCAAUACAAAACUUUCUAUCAGGAAAGAUUUUUGAACCAGUUAGCUCUCUUUAAAAAAAACUUGCAGAUGACAGACCGAGUCAUAUUUUCGAAAGGAAAACGAUCUCGGCCGCCGGCCAAUCGCGGCGGCUCCGAAAGGGACAACGCCGCCUUCAUUUCCCUUGACAACGAAGACUGA